UUCAGUUGAUGCACAAUAAUAUCUCUGCUGCUGCUGAUGGCCUCCUCACUGCAUCAAACCGCCUGAGUCCUGGACUCCUGAUGAGUAUCCAGGAGGAGAGUAUCGAGGCUGAAGGUGCUGUGGCGAUGGCGGAAGCAUCGGCUCCGCCUCUUUCCCCCUCUGAUUAUGGACUCUUGUCUCCGCCCCCUGACCUGUGCGCGUCGUGUGGCCACAGUCAUCAGCUGGAGGAGAACCACGAGUACCUUUACAAAGAUGAAGUGGAUGACGACUUGGUGUGUCACAUCUGUCUGCAGGCGCUCAUCCGGCCGCUGGACACGCCCUGCGGACACACCUACUGCCAGGAGUGUCUGACCAGCUUCCUGCUGGAGAGCGACUUCUGCCCCGUGUGCCGCGCGCCCCUCAUGCUGCAGAGCUGCAGGAAGCCCAGCCUGCUGGUGCACAAGCUGCUGGACAAACUGGCUGUGGCGUGCCCAUUCACCGAACACUGCACUGAAACUCUGCCCCGAGGGGAACUCCAGGACCACAUCAAGAGCAGGUGUAAAGGGGCGUCUCACUAUGGGCUCUCAGCGGACAGGAAGCGGCGCUCGCAGGAGGGCGAAUGCACCGACAGCACAUCAGAGCUCACCAUCGCCACACUCCCCAACGAUGGCCCCACCUCCGCCGCCGUGGCCCUGCUGUCGGACGAGCCUGGCCUGGUUAACCCCGCCUUCGACCCCAGCAUGGAGGACAACAGCCAAUCGGGCAGCACGACCAGCCUGGCCGCACGUAGCAGCACCAAGAAGAGUGAGUUCAGAAACUUUGACCGGUCUUCAGUGAGGAGCCGAUCCUUCAGGAGGUUAAACCGAGCGUUCAGCGUCCUGCGGAGGACCAAGAGCGGCACCGCGGUCAGCAAUGAGACGUCUGAGGAGAGGGACAACGUCAGGAACUCCAGCGUGCCACCGGAAGUGCUGGCUCUCCCGCAGCUGCAUCACCUGAUCCCCGACGGUGAGCUCACCAGUAUUAAGAUCACGCGGGUCGAUGCCUCGGAGCCGCUCGCCAUCAGCAUCGUCGGCGGGAAUGAGACGCCGUUGGUUCGCAUCCUCAUCCAGGAUAUCUACAGAGAAGGGGUCAUUGCUCGGGACGGUCGGCUGCUGCCGGGGGACAUGAUCCUGAAGGUAAACGGCAUCGACAUCAGCAACGUACCUCACUGUUUCGCCAUGGCGGCCCUCAAGCAGCCCUGCCAACUCCUCCGUCUCACCGUGCUCAGAGAACAGCGCCACCGCUACCGCUCACACUCGCACGGUCACCAACACGGCCACGGCCAUGAAGUCCCCAUGGGCCACCCAUCCCACGGCUUAUCUCACCUCCCCCUGAGGGACGACAGCAUCCACGUGGUUCUGAAUAAAACCGCGCCGGACGAGCAGCUGGGGAUCAAGCUGGUGAGGCGGCCGGAGGAGCACGGCGUCUUCAUCUUUCACCUGCUGGAGGGCGGGCUGGCGUCGCGGGAUGGACAGUUGUGUGUCGGAGACCGCGUGCUGGCCAUCAACGGGCAUGAUCUACGUUACGGCGCCCCAGAACAUGCUGCUCUGCUCAUCCAGGCGAGCGAGGAGCGAGUUCACUUCAUAGUGUCUCGUCAGAUCUGCCUGCCCACCCCAGACAUCCUACAAGAAGCUCCGUGGGGCAUGGACGGUCCCCCUCCUUACUCUCCUGUGGAUAUCGAGCAAACACUACUGGACGCCUGUCAGAAGCCUGCGUGCUAUGAGAAGACCGUCACCUUGACUAAGGAGCCGUAUGAUUCGCUGGGCAUGACGGUGGCGGGGGGCAUGUCGAGCCGAGGGUGGGACCUCCCCAUUUAUGUCACAAACGUUGACUCUGACGGAGUGGUGGGACAGGAGGGCUCCAUCCGCAAAGGUGACAUCCUGCUAAAUGUGAACGGGGUGGACCUGACGGGGGUGACGCGGGGCGAGGCCGUGGCAAACCUGAAGAACACCUCGUCUCCUGUCGUGCUCAAGGUCUUGGAGAUGCGUCCCCCUGAAGAAACCCUGCAGGACUGCUCGCUGCCGCCCUGUCUCGUACCCUCACCCACAGACAGCACUAAGAGCCCGCUGCCCAACGACGACUACUCCCCACUGUGGGUGUCAUGGCUGCAGCUCCCCAGGCAUCUGUACUGCUGCAAAGACAUCGUGCUGCGGCGGAGCACCUCGGGCAGCCUGGGCUUCAGCAUUGUGGGAGGUCAAGAGGAGGUCAACUGCAAUCAAUCCUUUUUUAUCCGCUCCAUCGUGGAGGGGACGCCGGCCUACAACGACGGCAGGAUAAGGUGCGGGGACAUCCUGCUGGAGGUGAACGGGAAGAGCACAUGGGGGAUGACCCACACGUCGCUGGUGCGGCUCCUGAAGGAGCUCCGGGGGAGAAUCACUCUGACCAUCGUGACGUGGCCGGGCAGCCUGCUGUAGCGGCGCUCUGAGCCCGCCAGUGCUGCUUUUUUUCUCCAGCAUGGACCAAUGAAUGUGGGAGGCGGAGCUUCAGACUGACUGCCUCCUGAGUGGGAGGAGCUUAGAGUAGUGCAAGUCACGUGUGGAUUUCUCACUUCUGACGGACAGCUGAGACUUUGCUGAGUCUGGAGGGGGGGACAAACACGAGACUGGAUUUUUAUCAGAGGUUAACUCGCCCCCCUCAGAGAACGCAGAACCGGGAGGAUCCAGGACUGAGCCACUUUAGACUUGGAUGUUUAGAUCUGUUUAGAGGACACAGUCCAUCUCUGGCACAGCACCCAGAGGAGGGGUGGGCGGACGGAGAGGAGACACAACACGUUGCCAAUUCCAGUAGUUAAAUAUUAGGGUAUGCGUUAAGUUGGACUCACAUUUCUUUACUGUAAAUGUUGGGUGUCUAAAAAAAGUUCUGAUCCAAGCACUUGUGAUACGUUUCUUCUAUUUGUUUGUGGUAUGGCCUUUAAACGUAGGCUCCAUCCUGUUUGUACUGACAGUGGUUGUCAUCUUCAUCCGUUGACCUGACGACACGUUGCCAAGUAGUAGUCUGUGUUGAGGUUUUCUUCUCUGAUUUCAGAAGCUAUGGCUAAAUUAUCAAACCACUGGCAAUAAAAUAUAUAAAAAAUAAAGAAUCAGUGUGUUCAUAAGAUGUUAAAAGAAUAUUUAAUUAGGUGACGUUGUGGAGGCCUUACUCAUUUUCUUACUUUUAAGAGAAAAAAUCUGACUUGGUUUGUGUGUGGGCGGUUCUGGGGCCCGUCUGCUGUGGUUCUGUCUGUCACGCUUCGGCCUGUGUAGUAUAUCUGAUGGUACAUUUGGUUAAAUGAUCAAUAAAGUCAUUGGAAAAAGAGA